GGAGCUGCGCUGGACUGGCUGCAGGAGGACCCCAGCGUCUCUGCACCAUGGCUACUCCCAGCAAGGCCGUUAUUGUUCCCGGGAACGGAGGCGGCGAUGUCGCCACCCACGGCUGGUACGGGUGGGUGAAAAGGGGGCUGGAGCAGAUACCUGGUUUCCAGUGUUUGGCUAAAAACAUGCCUGACCCAAUUACAGCGCGAGAGAGCAUCUGGCUGCCCUUCAUGGAGACAGAGCUUCACUGUGAUGAAAAGACCAUCAUCAUAGGCCACAGUUCCGGGGCCAUUGCAGCCAUGAGGUAUGCAGAAACACAUCAAGUAUAUGCUAUUGUAUUAGUGUCUGCUUAUACCUCAGACUUGGGGGAUGCAAAUGAGCGCGCAAGUGGAUACUUUAACCGUCCCUGGCAAUGGGAAAAGAUUAAAGCUAACUGCCCUCACAUUGUGCAGUUUGGCUCUACCGAUGAUCCUUUCCUUCCCUGGAAAGAACAGCAAGAAGUGGCUGAUAGGUUGGAAGCGAAAUUGUACAGAUUCACUGACCGUGGUCACUUUCAGAACACAGAGUUUCACGAACUGAUAAAUGUGGUAAAGUCUAUGUUGAAAGUACCAGGGUAGACAGGAUUUCUGCUAUUCUGUGUCCCAAGAUAUAGGUAGAGCAACAAUCAGAUUACUGUUAGAUACUAUGAGGUGAUUACUGGACACGAAAGAGAUCAAAGUAAGUUCUUUUAAAAAAUGCCUUAAAAACAAACACAAGUCUCGGUGCUCAG